AUGGAAAGUAAUAUUUUUGAGUUAGUUAAGCAGCUAUUGAAUGCAAAACAAGGUAAUGUAGAAGAGAUACAAUGGAAAAUUCUUGAAUUUGAAGCCAAAGAACUCUUUGAUGCGUUUUUAAUUUGCAAUGAAAAAAAUGUCGCAUUGAUGCUAUUCUUUGCAAUGAAAAACACAGAUAAAUUCAAUAGAUUUAUAUCAGAGAUGAAUUUUCAGGAUAUUUUUUCCAUAAUUGAAAAUUUAUACGAAAAGAUUUCACCAGAAGCCGACGAUCAAGAUCCUAUUAUUAUGCUUAUAGACUACAUUAUCUCAUUAUCAGUUUCAUUCUUUCAAACACAGCUUCAACAAAUAAUUAAUUUUAUUUCGCAAGAUUCGAGCUUUAUUGACAAAUCCAUUCUAACAUCAGCAGUUUUACUUCAGAGUCUAGAUGUUAAGAAGAUUCCUUUUAGUAUUAGAAAGUUUUUUAAAGAAUUUGAAAAUCAUAUCUUCGAAACAUUCAAAUCUAACAACAAAGACAUUAAUUUUAACGUAUACUGCUUUUACAUCUACACAAUUUCAACCAAAUUUCCAAUUUUACUAAAUAUCGAAGAUUUUUCUUUUAUUUUUGCGACAAAUUUAAUAGAAAGCCAUCCUAAUGAUCUACAAAAGUAUCUAGACAUGAUAUCAUAUAUUAUUAUUGCAAAAUACAAUAAUGCUUUCGAAUUUUUAGAUUUUUUAUUGCCAUUUUAUAAUUCUGCAAUUUCCAUUGACAAAAAUAUAUCAUUAAAUUCAAUAAUGAUCAUAGCAGAACAUGAAAACUCCCUUAAACAGUUUAAUGAAAAUCUUCAUGAAGAUUAUCAACAAAACAAGGAAGAAAUCUACAAUAUUUCAACUAAUAUUUUCAUGAACUUUUGCAAAGAUGAUAUUUUAUUGUAUGAAAACUAUUUCACGUAUUUAAUGAACGUUGAUCUCGAUUUUAUGUUUGAAAGAACAUCAGAACUAUUUCAAAACUAUAUUAAUGAAGGAAAAAUAGCUGAGGUAUACCAGAUAUUCAUUAAUAUUCCAAGAAAUCAACAAUUUUUUGAUUUUAUUUUUAGAAAUCAAGAAACAUUUAUAAGUUUUAUUUGCAGUAAUGAAUUUGUUAUAGAAGAAAAUUGUAGUUUACUUAAGAAUUACCCAGAAUUAAUUAUUGAUGAAAAUAUAAUUUCAAAUAUCAUUCAAACUUGUAAUAUUCCAUUAAUUAUCGAUUUGUUUGAAUCAAUAUCAUCAAACAGACUGUUUAAUUCUUCUGAAUCUAUAAGACAAAUAUGUAAUUCUUUUAUUGAAUUAAUUUCUCAACCAAUACAAGUUUCUGUUGAAAGUGUUGACUUAAUGUUAUCAUAUUUGAUUGAUAUAGUACCUGAUUAUGUACCAGAUAUCAUAGAAAAUUUAGUGAAUUUAAUUUUUGAAAAUCAAAACCUUGUUUAUUCAAUAGAGAGCAUAAUAAACAAGUUUUCAUUUGAUAACCAAGAAAUAUAUGACCAGUUUAUCCAGUAUUUGUUCAAUUCUUGUGAACAAUCUCCUCAAAUUUUAAAUUGUUUUGCAUCUAUUGUUAAAAGAUGCGAAAUAAUCAGUGAUGAAACAGUAGAAUUCAUAAUAAAUAUGAUACAUAACUUCCUUGAAGUAGAUUGCGCUAAAACAGCCAAUUUAAUCACUUGUUUUUCUUUGAAUUUUAGAGAAAAAACAAAAGAAAUCGGAGAAGAAGUUUUUCUUCAUAUUUCAUCGUAUUUCUCACCUGAUGGAUAUGAUAUUAAAGCUAUGGCUGAUAUGAUAUCGGCCGUUUACUCAAUAGAAGAAGCAGAAGAACCUUUUCUUGAAAAAAUUUCACAAUCUUUACUGAAAAUGAAAGAUUGUUCAGCAACAUAUGCAAUCAAUGUAGGCUAUGCAUUAAUGGUUGCUGCUGCUACAUAUUUUGCUCAAGAAACCGCAUCAAAAGAUUUGUAUUUCGAAAAUUUGAUUUCAUAUCUUCAGAAAUGUCAAUUAAUCGAAGAUGAUAUCAAUGAGUUAAUUGACUUAUAUAUACAGACUGCCAAAACCAUCAUUGUAUUUGCAAAAUUCCUCAAUCAAGGCCAAAAAAGAUUAAUUUUAAAGAAAAACAUCAUCCAAAUACUCAAAGAAGGAAUCCAAUUCCAAAAAUCCAACCAAAUCUGUGAGAAAGCUCUUAAUUCAUUGCAAACAAACUAA